UAUAGAAUAAUAAUGAAAAUUUUCAGUAAGAAGUUAAAAGAAAAGAUAAAAGAAAGGCUGCAGCUCUAAAACCCCUUUAAAACCCUUUACAUUUCUGGUAGUGUUCGUUUUCAUUGCAUCAAAUUCUUGCAACAAAAAUUCCCUUUACCAAGGUUUUUGUCAUUCUCCAACCUAUAAGCUGUAAUUCUGGUUGUUUCUUGAGUUGAAAAAUGCCGGACAUUGAAAGGCUUGUGAAUGAUUUUGUUGCAAAGCUCAGUAAACGUAAGGUUGAAGGGUCACAAGCAACUUCGCGGCUAACAGCAGAGUUGCUUCGUUCGGUUGUUUCGUUGCAAAGACUGCCACCUACUAACUCAGCUGCAGUACUCAUUGAGGCUGUAAGGGGUAUAGGUGUUAAAUUGGUUGCUGCCAACCCCGUUGAGCUUGCUGUUGGAAAUAUUGUUAGGCGCGUUCUUCAUAUUAUCCGGGAGGAGGAUCUUUCUCUUUUGACCAGUAAAACGGGCGACUUAGAUUUAACUGCAAGUGAUGAUGAACGAACCAUAGACCACGAUUGUGGCCCAACUCAGUCUGCUGCUGCUGCUGCAGCUAAAAGUGUUUUACGGUCUCCUUCAUUGCAUGCACUUCUGGAGAAUAUGGAUAAAGCUGUACCGAGUAACAUAUACACCUCCUCUUCAGGUGGAGAUUCUGAAGAGAAAAGCAAAGCUGAUAAACUUGCCAGGACUCGGAAGUUAAAACAUGAUGUCAUUGAGGCAAUUAACAUAUUAAUUGAAGAUAUUGAUACUUGUCAUGAACUGAUCGCAGAACAGGCAGUUGAGCAUAUUCACCAAAAUGAAGUAAUACUAACAUUAGGUAGUUCAAGAACUGCCUUUGAAUUCCUCUGUGCCGCAAAAGAGAAAAAACGGUCUUUUCGGGUGGUUGUUGCAGAGGGUGCACCAAGGUACCAGGGGCAUGCUCUUGCAAAAGAGCUGGUAGCAAGAGGUCUACAAACUACAGUUGUAACAGAUUCUGCUAUUUUUGCAAUGAUUUCUAGAGUAAAUAUGGUUAUAGUGGGAGUUCAUGCAGUGAUGGCCAAUGGUGGUGUCAUUGCACCUGUUGGAAUGAACAUGGUAGCACUUGCAGCUCAAAAGCAUGCUGUUCCAUUUGUCGUAGUUGCUGGCAUUCACAAGUUGUGCCCUUCAUAUCCACACAAUCCAGAGGUUUGUCUGAAUGACAUGCGAUCCCCUGCUGAACUUCUCGAAUUCGGGCAGUUUUCAAACUGCAUGGAGUUUGGAAUGGAUAGUGGGGCUCCUCUUCAAGUUGUUAAUCCUGGUUUUGAUUAUGUGGCACCUGAGCUUGUCAGCCUUCUCAUCACCGACAUUGGAGGGCAUAACCCGUCAUAUAUGUAUCGUCUCAUUUCGGACUACUACUCAGCUGAUGAUUUUGAUUUGCAAGGGAGGAUAAAAUAAAUGAAGAAUGCUGUAUCUUGAAGCUGCUUACUGAAUUUAACCAAUACUUGCUGAUUUCAGAUAUCUUUUGGAAGGCUGUAGUCGACUGAUGCAGGGCAGGUGGCAACCAAAAAAUCAAAUGGAAAUUGUUAAAAGCUUUUGCUAUGUCUUUGUUAUUUACUUUGAAGGAUAGCUCUAAAUGAGUAUUUUAGCCCAAACACUUUCUGACCAUACUGUACUUUGUUCAGACCAAGUUUUGACUUGUUUAAUGUAAUGACCCGAAGGUGGUAAUAUUAUGUUGUUACGUUCUUGAUA